CGGGGGGCGCGCGCGCGCGAAGAUGGCGGCUGCCGCCGGCGGGCCGUCUGUGAGGAGCAGUAGAGAACUGUGGACAAUUCUACUUGGAAGAUCAGCUCUGAGAGAAUUGAGUCAGAUUGAGGCGGAACUGAAUAAACAUUGGCAUCGGUUGUUGGAGGGACUUUCAUACUAUAAACCUCCCAGUCCAAGUUCAGCAGAGAGAGUGAAAGCUAAUAAAGAUGUGGCUUCACCACUGAAGGAACUGGGCUUAAGAAUCAGCAAGUUUUUGGGUCUUGAUGAGGAGCAGAGUGUGCGGCUACUGCAGUGUUACCUUCAGGAGGAUUACAGGGGCACUCGGGACUCACUGAAGACGGUUCUGCAAGAUGAGAGACAGAGCCAGUCCUUAAUCUUGAAGAUUGCAGAUUAUUACUAUGAAGAACGAACCUGUAUUCUUCGUUGUGUCUUACACCUUCUCACUUAUUUCCAAGAUGAAAGACAUCCUUAUAGGGUUGAAUAUGCAGACUGUGUGGAUAAACUGGAGAAAGAACUUGUUUCAAAAUAUAGACAGCAGUUUGAGGAGCUGUAUAAAACUGAAGCACCAACCUGGGAGACGCAUGGCAACCUCAUGACUGAGCGCCAGGUGUCUCGAUGGUUUGCUCAGUGCCUUCGGGAACAGUCCAUGCUGCUAGAAAUUAUCUUCCUUUAUUAUGCAUACUUUGAGAUGGCACCUAGUGAUCUGCUGGUAUUAACCAAGAUGUUUAAAGAGCAAGGAUUUGGUAGUAGGCAGACCAAUAGGCACCUGGUGGAUGAGACCAUGGAUCCUUUUGUCGACCGGAUUGGCUACUUCAGUGCCCUUAUCCUGGUGGAAGGCAUGGAUAUUGAGUCCCUGCAUAAGUUUGCUUUGGACGACAGGAGGGAAUUACACCAAUUUGCUCAGGAUGGCCUCAUUUGUCAGGACAUGGACCGUUUGAUGUUGACCUUCGGGGACAUUCCACAUCAUGCUCCAGUGCUUUUGGCCUGGGCUCUCCUCCGCCACACCCUGAACCCCGAAGAGACCAGCAGUGUGGUCCGGAAGAUAGGUGGCACAGCCAUCCAGCUGAAUGUAUUUCAGUACCUGACUCGACUGCUGCGGUCACUUGCCAGUGGGGGGAAUAAUUGUACCACGAGCACAGCGUGCAUGUGUGUCUACGGACUCCUCUCUUUCGUUCUGACCUCGCUGGAGCUGUACACUCUGGGCAAUCAGCAGGAUGUCAUUGACACAGCUUGUGAAGUCCUGGCAGACCCUUCUCUUCCAGAACUGUUUUGGGGAACAGAACCGACCUCUGGUCUUGGCAUCAUUCUGGACAGUGUGUGUGGCAUGUUUCCCCAUCUGCUUUCCCCCCUCCUGCAGUUGCUCCGAGCCCUUGUGUCAGGGAAGUCCACUGCCAAAAAGGUAUAUAGCUUCCUGGAUAAGAUGUCUUUCUACAAUGAACUUUAUAAGCACAAGCCCCACGAUGUGAUCUCCCAUGAAGAUGGAACUCUUUGGCGGAGGCAGACACCCAAACUGGUCUACCCUCUGGGGGGCCAGACGAACCUUCGCAUACCUCAAGGCACCGUGGGUCAAGUGAUGCUGGAUGACCGGGCGUACCUGGUGCGCUGGGAAUACUCCUACAGCAGCUGGACCCUCUUCACCUGCGAGAUUGAAAUGCUGCUCCAUGUUGUUUCCACUGCAGAUGUGAUUCAGCACUGCCAGCGGGUCAAACCCAUUAUUGACCUGGUCCACAAGGUCAUCAGCACAGACCUCUCCAUCGCAGACUGUCUCCUGCCCAUCACGUCCCGCAUCUACAUGCUGCUGCAGCGGUUGACAACAGUGAUUUCCCCCCCUGUGGAUGUCAUUGCUUCUUGUGUUAACUGUUUGACUGUCUUAGCUGCCCGGAAUCCAGCAAAGGUCUGGACUGAUCUUCGUCACACAGGUUUUUUACCAUUUGUGGCCCAUCCUGUUUCCAACAUGACACAGAUGAUUAGUGCGGAGGGGAUGAAUGCCGGAGGUUACGGUAACCUUCUGAUGAAUAGUGAACAGCCCCAGGGCGAGUACAGAGUUACUGUAGCCUUUCUCCGCUUGAUCACCACCCUUGUCAAGGGGCAGCUUGGAAGUACCCAGAACCAAGGCCUUGUGCCCUGUGUCAUGUUUGUGCUGAAGGAGAUGCUUCCUAGCUACCACAAGUGGCGCUACAACUCUCACGGUGCAAGGGAGCACAUUGGUUGCCUGAUCCUGGAGCUGAUUCAUGCUAUACUGAAUCUGUGCCACGAUACAGACCUGCACAGCAGUCACACCCCCAGUCUGCAGUCUCUCUGCAUCUGCAGUCUGGCCUACACAGAAGCUGGACAGACAGUCAUCAAUAUCAUGGGCAUUGGCGUGGAUACCAUCGACAUGGUGAUGGCUGCGCAGCCCCGCAGUGAUGGGGCAGAGGGCCAGGGGCAGGGACAGCUGCUGAUCAAGACAGUGAAACUGGCAUUCUCUGUCACCAACAAUGUGAUUCGCCUGAAACCUCCUUCUAAUGUGGUGUCACCCCUGGAACAGGCGCUGACACAACACGGUGCCCAUGGCAACAACCUCAUUGCUGUCCUAGCCAAGUACAUCUACCACAAACACGACCCUGCUCUGCCACGUCUUGCCAUCCAGCUGCUCAAACGCCUGGCCACGGUGGCCCCAAUGUCAGUGUAUGCCUGUUUGGGCAAUGAUGCCGCUGCCAUUCGAGACGCCUUCCUGACCCGCCUUCAGAGCAAGAUUGAGGACAUGCGCAUCAAGGUGAUGAUUCUGGAGUUCCUCACAGUGGCGGUGGAGACGCAGCCAGGGCUCAUCGAGCUCUUUCUGAAUCUGGAAGUGAAGGAUGGCAGUGAUGGCUCUAAGGAGUUCAGCCUCGGGGUGUGGAGCUGUCUCCACGCAGUGCUGGAGCUGAUUGAUUCCCAGCAGCAAGAUCGCUACUGGUGCCCACCGCUGCUGCACCGUGCAGCCAUUGCCUUCCUGCACGCCCUGUGGCAGGACCGGCGGGACAGUGCCAUGCUGGUCCUCAGAACCAAACCCAAGUUCUGGGAGAAUCUAACCAGUCCGCUGUUCGGAACCCUUUCUCCUCCCUCAGAGACCUGCGAGCCCAGCAUCCUGGAAACCUGUGCCCUAAUCAUGAAGAUAAUAUGCCUGGAGAUAUACUAUGUAGUUAAGGGUUCAUUAGACCAAUCAUUGAAAGAUACACUCAAGAAAUUUUCCAGUGAGAAGCGCUUCGCCUACUGGUCAGGCUAUGUCAAGUCUUUGGCAGUUCACAUGGCUGAAACCGAAGGCAGCAGCUGCACUGCCUUGCUAGAGUACCAGAUGCUGGUCUCCGCCUGGAGGAUGCUUCUCAUCAUCGCCACCAGUCAUGCGGAUAUCACGCACUUGACGGACCCCGCAGUGCGGCGCCAGCUCUUUCUCGAUGUCCUUGAGGGGACCAAAGCUCUGCUCCUCACCCCCACCUCUGUGAACUGCCUUCGCCUGGGCUCCAUGAUGUGCACCCUGCUGCUCAUCCUUGUGCGCCAGUGGAAGAGAGAGGUGGGCGCUGUGGAAGGGAUCCUCGGGCCGCUGACAGAGGUUCUGGAGGGCGUCCUGCAGGCAGACCCGCAGCUCGUGGAGAAGACCAAGGCCAAGGUGUUCUCGGCCUUCAUCACCGCGCUGCAGAUGAAGGAGCUGCGAGUGAGCGACAUUCCGCAGUACUCACAGCUGGUGCUGAGUGUCUGCGAGACCCUGCAGCAAGAGGUGAUCACCCUCCUCGACCAGACCCGCCACAGCCUGGCCUCGGGCGGCACCACGGAGGACAAGGACAGCAUGGAGACGGACUGCCCUCGGCUCCGCCACAAGGACCAGCGUGAUGGGGUGUGCGUCCUGGGCUUGCACCUUGCCAAGGAGCUGUGUGAGGUGGACGAGGACGGGGACUCGUGGUUGCAGGUGACGCGCAGGCUGCCCGUCCUGCCCACGCUCCUCACCACCCUGGAGGUGAGCCUGCGCGGGAGGCAGAACCUGCACUUCACCGAGGCCGCGCUGCACCUGCUGCUCACGCUCGCGCGAACCCAGCAGGGAGCCACAGCAGUGGCGGGAGCUGGCAUCACGCAGAGCAUUUGUCUGCCCCUCUUGAGUGUGUACCAGCUUAGCAGCAAUGGCACGGGGCAGACGCCCAGCACCUCCCGGAAGGCCCUGGACGCCCCCUCCUGGCCCGGGGUCUACCGCCUGUCCAUGUCCCUCAUGGAGCGGCUGCUCAAGACUCUGCGCUAUAACUUCCUCACCGAGGCCCUGGACUUCAUGGGCGUCCACCAGGAGCGGACCCUGCAGUGUCUCAACGCGGUGAGGACCGUGCAGAGCCUGGCGUGCCUGGAGGAGGCGGACCACACGGUGGGCUUCAUCCUGCAGCUGUCGCACUUCCGGAAGGAGUGGCACUUCCACCUGCCGCAGCUCAUGUGCGAUGUCCAGGUAAACCUGGGCUACCUGUGCCAGGCCUGCACCUCCCUCCUGCACAGCCGCAAGAUGCUGCAGCACUACCUGCAGAACAAGAAUGGGGAUGGCCUCCCCUCAGCUGUCACCCCCCGAGCUCAAAGGCCACCUGCCACCGCCAGUGCGACUCCUGCGGCGCCCUCCUCCUCCUCCACCAAGCAGCUGGCCGCCGACACAGAGGCGGCCGAGCAGCGGGCCGUGCACGCGGUGCAGUGCGGCCUCCUCAAGAUCCUCAGCAGAACGCUGGCGGCGCUGCGCCACUUCACCCCCGACGUCUGCCAGAUCCUGCUGGAUCAGUCCCUGGAUCUUGCCGAGUACAACUUCCUGUUUGCCCUGAACUUCACCACUCCCACCUUCGACUCCGAGGUGGCACCCUCCUUUGGGACCCUGCUGGCGACUGUGAACGUGGCCCUCAACCUGCUGGGCGAGCUGGACAAGAAAAAGGAGCCCUUCACUCAGGCGGUGGGGCUCAGCCCACAGACAGAAGGGGCCAGAACAUUCAAGUCCCUGCUGCUGUUCACCAUGGAGAACUGCUUCUACCUGCUCGUCUCCCAGGCCAUGCGGUACCUUCGGGACCCGGCGGUGCCCCCGCGGGACAAACAGCGCAUGAAGCAGGAGCUCAGCUCGGAGUUGAGCACACUGCUUUCUAGCCUCUCACGCUACUUCCGUCGGGGAGCCCCCAGCUCCCCUGCUGCCGGCGUCCUGCCCUCGCCCCAAGGCAAGUCCACCUCCACCUCCAAAGCCAGCCCCGAGAGUCAGGAGCCCCUCAUCCAGCUGGUGCAGGCCUUUGUUCGGCACGUGCAGAGAUAGGGCGCUGUCGCGCUGCUGCCUGCUGUCACACAGGCCGCUCGGCAGCCUCGGCAGAGGGGCUCGGGGACGGUGCCCCGCCGAGCAGCUCCCGUCCACACCUGCCCCGAGGUUAUUUUUGUAACGGAUCAAGAGGGCAGCAGCGGGGCGGGGCCGGGCGGGGGUCCGCCUGCUCGGGCGCUGACGGUCAAGCAUUACCCACAGCCUGUGGGCAGCCAGGGCGCCCGCCGUCCAGGACGGGCUGUGUGGGUGCGAGGGUUUUCCAUGGUCUGUUCUUGCAGUUUUUGGUAAUAUUGUGGUCUAUUUAUACAAAUAUUAAAGUACUGUU